AUGGCCUCCAGGGAAUCCUGGGAUCUCCGCUUUUUCUUCCGUUCUACGGCUCCUGCACCUUCCGAAGUUUCGCCUACCCACCAUCCUGAAGUUCCCCAACCUUCUUCUCUCUCCGAGUGUCCCGGAGACGCCCCUGAGACGCCGGACGUCACUGGAACGGCAGAGAGUGCCGUUGAACAUCGUACAGAUAUCGAUUUCAGUGACGGUGGCCCUGGAGAACAUGAUGAUAUGGCCACGUCUUCAGCAGAAAUAUCUGAAAUUGAAUUUGGCAAAACGACAGCAGGUACCAGAAACAGUAGCAGCCUUGGGAAGAUUAGAAAAUUGAAACGUGCAUUACGAACAUUUCACAAAGAGGAGUGGGAAGAUAAAUACCUGGUGACGGUAGAGCACUCAGAGAGUGCAGGCCGUGAAACUCCAAUCUGCAUUCUGUGCGAACAAACAUUUCAGGAUAUGAAGGUGUACUCCUUUCAGCGUCACCUUGACAGGAAGCAUAAAACGCAAAUGGCUGCAAUGCGGAAGUGGUCUGCUGAGCAGAGAAAACGCAUUGUCGAGAAUUUCCACCAGAAACGGGAAUUUCAAAGAAAAAGAAUGGAAAAAGCAACAACUCCAGAGAAGCUUCAGCGUCUUGCUCCACUGAAACUUGCUUACACUCUUGCGAAACACAACAUUCCUUUGUCAAAGUCCUCAUGCAUUGUCGAGUUUUCCCGAGCUGCCGAUCCAACAUCAAAGGUGCUUGAAAAAAUGGCUGCAGGAAGAACAACAAUUACUAACGGGGUAAUCGAUAUACGCGAGAAAGUACUGAUUUCAGAAACAAAAAGUACGAUCUGUGCUUCUCCUUUCUGGUCAGUAGUUAUUGACGAGUCACUUGACGUUACAACUAAGGAACAGAUGAUAGUGUAUGCUCGAUGCAUUGACCUUCAAACAUGCGAAGUGGCUACCAAUUUCUUGUGCCUUCAUCGUCUGUCUGGCCACCCGGAUGCCGAAAAUAUCGCUUCGUCGCUUCUUGAUGUGCUAGGCGAAUCAGGAUUCAAUUUGCCUCUUGAUCGUCUUGUCUGUCUAUCAACGGAUGGGGCCUCAGUUUUACGAUCCCCGAUUAACGGCGUUAUUGCCAAGCUAAGAGAACGUCUAGACAAUCCGUUGCUGCUUUCACAGCACUGUUGCACUCAUCGACUUGUACUCUGUGCUAAAGAUGCUAGAAAAGAACUGCCAAAGUUUGUUGAAAAAACAAUUGAAUCAAUCAUGAACUACUUUCAAGGAAGUGCCGUACGAAGAGACAAGUUUGGAGAGCAUCGAGUCAAAUCAUUGGAAGAUUUGACUGAUCCCGAGGGAGCGUACAUGACGCUAGUUACGUACCAUAAGGUUCGCUGGUUGUCAUUAAGCGACUGCGUGCAACGACUUUGGGAUUUGCUUCAGCCACUUGUAACUUUCUUCGAAGAAGAAACAGGCGACCAGCGAAAUCAACCCAAAGUCAGAAAGUUAGCUGCGGAUCUUCACGAGCAAAUUUCAAAGCCGGAGUUCCAUCUAUAUUUGAGCUUUCUGGAGAAACCUCUUCGCGAUUUGGCUGCUGUGAAUCGCCAUCUUCAAACACGAAAUCAAACACUUUACACAACGUGCUGUGGAAUUCUCGCUCUACAACGUACAUUGAGCUACUACGUGAAGUCCAACGAUGCUGACGGCCAAGAGAAAGAGAGGUCUGUGAGAGAAGCAGUGUCACUUGCUGGAGGAGAAGGUUUCCGCAAACUGCUGAAGGAAACAGAAGACAACGCAUUGCUAAAUACGCGUGAAAUUCAGGCAGCUUUAAAGUCUAUGCACAAUUUUCUUCUGCAGACAGUGGAAAGCAUCUCAAGGCGCUUUUCAGAACUGGAUUUCUUUGUACAAAAAUGUCAGAUGCUGGAUCCGGUAAAUAGACGACGAGUUCAGGCGAAAGAUCUUCAGGCAAUUGCAGUAAAAUUCAAGCAUUCUGCGAUCGACGAAGAGCUAGUGUCACGUCAGGCAGUGACCUAUUCAUUUGACGAAAGUUUGGACUUACUCUAUACAGAACAGUGUGGGAUGUCAGCAGUGAAGUUUUUCAUCAGUCUUCUUCACAACGAGAACUACUGUGAAAUAGGCAAGUUGGCCCUUCUCCUGUAUUCCUUAGCGCCGGAUAGCGUUGAAGCUGAACGUGGAUUUAGCUUGAUGAAUAUAACAAAGAAUUGUUCUCGCAAUAGGCUUGGUCAACGUACGAUAAACGCGAUUAUGGCGAUAGCUUCAGACAGUAGAGGAAUGGACACAUUUCCUUUUGAUAAGGUGCUGAAUAAUAAUGUCCUUUAGUGAUGCUUAUUGUUGAAAUAGAAAACUGAUUACAUUGCCAUUGAUAUUAAUUUGAAUUGUCUUUAAUAUUGAUAUUAACAGUGGCACCGAAAACGCUAUUGGGGCCACAUUUUUGGCACCGGGCAAAAAUUGGACCGGCA